UGUGUCACUUCAGCUGGCGGGAGCAGAGGCGGCGGGGGCUGUGUGACCGGCUGUGUUUGUGAGAUGGCUACUGACAUUUCUGAAUCCAGUGGGACUGAUUGCAAAGGCGAUAUGAGGAACAGUGCCAAGUUAGAUUCCGAUUACCCUCUUCGAGUCCUUUAUUGUGGAGUUUUUUCAUUACCAACAGAGUACUGUGAAUAUAUGCCUGAUGUUGCUAAGUGUAGACAAUGGCUAGAGAAAAAUUUUCCAAAUGAAUUUGCAAAACUGACUGUAGAAAAUUCACCCAAACAAGAAGCUGGAAUUAGUGAAGGUCAAGGGACAGUAGGGGAAGAGGAGGAGAAGAAAAAACAAAAGAGAGGGGGAAGAGGUCAAAUAAAACAGAAGAAGAAGACAGUGCCACAGAAGUUCACAAUAGCCAAAAUUCCCAGAGCGAAGAAGAAAUAUGUGACGAGAGUGUGUGGCCUUGUAACAUUUGAAAUUGAUCUCAAAGAAGCACAAAGAUUUUUUGCUCAAAAAUUCUCCCACGGUGCCUCAGUAACAGGGGAGGAUGAGGUCAUCAUUCAGGGAGACUUCACAGAUGACAUAAUUGAUGUCAUUCAGGAAAAGUGGCCAGAGGUGGAUGAUGACAGCAUCGAAGACCUUGGAGAAGUGAAGAAGUGAUUCUGGAGUCAUGUGUGUCUGAGCUGACCUGAGAGUUGACACGGCCUUUCAGAAAUGUAUACAUAUGUAUAUAUGUGUGUACAUAUGUGUCCUACAGUAAAACUGUAGACUCCUCAUCUUUGGCGUUCUCGUUGUUCUGUACAAGGCUGCUUGGUUUGUUUAUGGUUUUUGUUUUUUUGUUUUGUUUUGUUUUUUAAUUGCCAAAGUCUGAUAGAGAGAGAGAGAGAGAGACUGUCAUGCUUAUGCAUGAAUCUAAAUUUAGUCAAAUAAAACAUUUUGGUUAUUUGGUACUGAAUUUUCUUUUUUUAACUUUUUAUUUUAGAAAAACACUGUAGCCUCUUUCCUUCUUAUUGGUGCUGUUAAUGGGACCCAGGGCCUUGUGCGUGCUGGAAAAACAUUGCCACUGAACUAGACUCUUGACACCAAAACCUUCUCUUUUUUUUUUUUCAGGAAGUGUUUCUGUUGGUUAUCUUACUGGGAGAAAGCUGAGUGACUUUUCAAAAGAAUCUGUUUUUCAUUUACUUACUAGAAGUGUGUCCUUGGUUGGUGAGAAUCCAAUGGGGCUUUGGUUGGCUUAGUUCCUUCAUUAAUGGCAAAGUCCACUGUAUUGAUAUAAUGAGCAACAGAGUGGGUAGGUUUGCUCAAGUCAUUCAGGAGAUUACUUGCUAAAGUACAUUAAAAGCCUUAAAACCAUGUACACUGUGACCCAGUAAGCCCCUUCUGCACUGUCUUAAGGGCCAAUGGUGCCAUUCAUAAUGUUACUGAUGAUGUUAGAGUUCAUGAAUACAGAACUGUUAAAUGCUGGUGUAUCUUGUGGUA